AUGCUCUUCAGAUCGAGCCGAACGGCUCCUCAGAUCGUGCUGAACGGCUCCUCAGAUCGAGCCGAACGAUCGAGUCAAACGAGGCUUUGGAUCAAGCCGGACGGUUCCUCACAUCGAGCCGUAUGGCUCCUCAGAUCGAGCCAAACGGCUCCUCGGAUCGAGCCGAACGGCUCCUCAGAUCGAGCCGAAUGGCUCCUCAGAUCGAGCCAAACGGCUCCUGGGAUCGAGCCGAACGGCUCCUCGGAUCGAGCCGAACGGCUCCUCAGAUCAAGCCAAACGGCUCCCCAGAGCGAGCCGAAUGUCCUCCUCAGAUCGAGCCAAACGGCUCCUCGGAUCGAGCCGAACGGCUCCUCGGAUCGAGCCGAACGGCUCCUCGGAUUGAGCCGAACGGCUCCUCGGAUCGAGCCGAACGGCUCCUCAGAUCGAGCCGAAUGGCUCCUCGGAUCGUACCAAACGGCUCCUCGGAUCGAGCCGAACGGCUCCUCAGAUCGAGCCAAACGGCUCCUCAGAGCGAGCCGAAUGUCUCCUCAGAUCGAGCCAAACGGCUCCUCGGAUCGAGCCGAACGGCUCCUCGGAUCGAGCCGAACGGCUCCUCAGAUCGAGCCAAACGGCUCUUUGGAUCAAGCCGAGUGGUUCCUCAGAUCAAGCCGAACGGCCCCUCAGAUCGAUCUGAAUGGCUCCUCAGACCGAGCCGAAAGGCUCCUCAGAUCGUGCCGAACGGCUCCCCAGAUCAAGCCGAAUGGCUCCUCGGAUCAAGCCGAACGGUUCCUCACAUCGAGCCGAAUGGCUCCUCAGAUCGAGCCAAACGGCUCCUCGGAUCGAGCCGAACGGCUCCUCAGAUCGAGCCGAAUGGCUCCUCAGAUCGAGCCAAACGGCUCCUGGGAUCGAGCUAAACGGCUCCUGGGAUCGAGCCGAACGGCUCCUCGGAUCGAGCCGAACGGCUCCUCAGAUCGAGCCAAACGGCUCCCCAGAGCGAGCCGAAUGUCUCCUCAGAUCGAGCCAAACGGCUCCUCGGAUCGAGCGAACGGCUCCUUGGAUCGUGCCGAACGGCUCCUCAGAUCGAGCCAAACGGCUCCUCAGAGCGAGCCGAAUGUCUCCUCAGAUCGAGCCAAACGGCUCCUCGGAUCGAGCCGAACGGCUCCUCAGAUCGAGCCAAACGGCUCCCCAGAGCGAGCCGAAUGUCUCCUCACAUUGAGCCAAACGGCUCCUCAGAUCGAGCUGAAUAGUUCCUCAGAUCGAGUCAAACGAAUCGAGCCGAACGGCUCCUCAGAUCGACCCGAAAUGCUCUUCAGAUCGAGCCGAACGGCUCCUCAGAUCGUGCUGAACGGCUCCUCAGAUCGAGCCGAACGGUUCCUCACAUUGAGCCAAACGGCUCCUCAGAUCGAGCUGAAUAGUUCCUCAGAUCGAGUCAAACGAGGCUUUGGAUCAAGCCGGACGGUUCCUCACAUCGAGCCGAAUGGCUCCUCAGAUCGAGCCAAACGGCUCCUCGGAUCGAGCCGAACGGCUCCUCAGAUCGAGCCGAAUGGCUCCUCAGAUCGAGCCAAACGGCUCCUGGGAUCGAGCCGAACGGCUCCUCGGAUCGAGCCGAACGGCUCCUCAGAUCAAGCCAAACGGCUCCCCAGAGCGAGCCGAAUGUCUUCUCAGAUCGAGCCAAACGGCUCCUCGGAUCGAGCCGAACGGCUCCUCGGAUUGAGCCGAACGGCUCCUCGGAUCGAGCCGAACGGCUCCUCGGAUCGAGCCGAACGGCUCCUCAGAUCGAGCCAAACGGCUCCCCAGAGCGAGCCGAAUGUCUCCUCAGAUCGAGCCAAACGGCUCCUCGGAUCGAGCCGAACGGCUCCUCGGAUUGAGCCGAACGGCUCCUCGGAUCGAGCCGAACGGCUCCUCAGAUCGACCCGAAAUGCUCUUCAGAUCGAGCCGAACGGCUCCUCAGAUCGUGCCGAACGGCUCCUCAGAUCGUGCCGAACGGCUCCUCAGAUCGAGCCGAACGGUUCCUCACAUUGA